AUGGUUGUUGGAGGAAGCCUGGUAAUCAAAUGUCUAAGGAAAUGGUAUGAUCUACUAAUUUCCCACAAAGAAGAGCUUGGACAACUCAUUACCUUGGAGCAAGGGAAACCUCUAAAAGAAGCCAUUGGUGAGGUGAGUUACGGGGCUGGGUUUAUUGAGUUGUAUGCUGAGGAGGCAAAACGUGUAUAUGGUGAUAUCAUACCACCAACUCUUUCUGAUCGACGGUUGUUUGUUUUGAAGCAGAUUUUCAGUUUUUGCAAGAUGGUAGUAGUGUAUGAGAUAGUCAAGAUGAGGCUGUGAAUAGAAGGCGGUUCUUUGCACGCUA